AUGGCUUUGCAAUCAGUACAGCCCAUAUCACCAAUUUCGCUGACUCUCCUUCCAAAGGGCUCUAUUGCUCCUAUUUUGCUUCGAUUAUCUUCAUCAAUCCGUUGCUAUUGUGUUCGUACAACAUUGGCUGUGUCAUUGGAUGAAAUUCCCCCAAAUGCCCUUCGCCGGAAGUGUGACCGGAACUGGAGAGGAGGGUGCAGUCUAGGGGUAGAUCUGUGCAUGUCCCGAACUGGCCUUGCACUCAGCAAGGGCUUCUCUGUUCGACCCUUGACGGUUCUGGAGUUGAGAGGGCAAAAGCUUGAGCUUCGACUUAUUGACAUUGCUGAGAAGCAG